AUGCACACCCUCACCCUCACCCCCCUCCUCCUCACCCUUCUCAUCCCCCUAGCCCUCGCCCACCCCGUCCUCCCCCUCUCACCCGAUCCCGAGAAGAACACACACUACAAAUCCUACACGCCCUACAUCAAAUACGCCGACUACACCGUCUACACCCCACCUCACACCCCGACACAGGACAAGAUGAAGAGGGAAGUUAAUAAGUUGCCGGAUGCGUGGUAUUCGAAGUAUAAUCCGUAUGCCGAGUAUGGAGGGUAUGGGGCGUAUCCUGGGGGUGGGGAGGGGGAGGGUGAGGGGAAGACGGGAUAG